AUCCGUUCAUAUUUAGAUCAGUUGUUGUUAAACAUAGGGACAUCAGAGUAAGCUGAAGCCAACAUUUAUUAUAACGUGGUGGUUCAAAAACAAUGGAAAUAUGAUUCCAAACAACUUAUCAUGAAUGCUUGCCACAAGUUGCUAGAGCAAGCAGAAGUGUUAAAGAAAGGCAUCAAUGGUUGGAAUGGAGUGUCUGAUGACGGUUCCUCAACAGGGGAAGUUGUUACGAACCGAACUAACUUACAAGAUGUUUAUCGGAAGCUUUUGAUUACAAACCUCGAGUUUGCUCUCGAUAAGAAAACGGAACAAGAUUUAUGGAACUUUGUUUUUAAGAAUCACAUUACAGCAUUACAACAAAAGUUAAAAGAUAAAUCAAAUGCUCAUCGUACAGAAGCACAAAGUCAGCUUUCCUCAUUCCUUGAUUCAGCAAGUGGUUUCUACCACCAACUCCUGCAUGACUUAUGUUGUGCAUUCCAUGUUAAUAUCCCAUGCAGAGUCAGAUCAUCAAAAUUACUUUUAUUAAAAGACACUUCAUUAAAACACGGCUCAAUCACCCACCAACCUGAGCGGCCAUCUUGUCAAUAUAUGUGCCAGCAUUGUCUUGUACAUCUGGGGGAUAUCGCGAGGUAUAGAAACCAAAGUGGACAGGCGGAAUCAUAUUACCGACAUGCAGCACAACUUGUCCCAAGUAAUGGCCAACCGUACAACCAACUGGCUAUUCUUGCAUCUGCCAGUGGGGACGUGUUAAGCACUGCUUUCUAUUACUGUCGAAGCUUGGCUGUGAAAUGUCCGUUCCCGGGGUCGGGUACGAACCUUAGAAGGCAACUCAGCAAAAUAUUGGGAGGUGAUGAGCCACGUCACGCCAAGAUCUCCACAAGUGAAUUGAUUAAGUUUCUUCUCAAGUUCCACGCUUGUAUAUAUCUACAUAAAAACGAGAGCGAGCUAUCGGUCAUGGUUGAUCGAUUAUCGGGUUACCUUCACGCUCAUCUAAGAGCAGGGUCGUUGUCACGACAGCAGAUAAGUCACAUGAUCUUCUUGAACUUGUUCUCAUUACAUCAUCUUUCACCUGAUGGAGUGGAUGCAAGUGGCAACCCUGUAGUGUCCCCUGGUGGUGAGAAUGAUAACGUUGAUGAAAUGAAACCGAACAUUCGAUGGAACGCCAUGCUUAUGCUUGCAAUGCAAAUGUUACACGGCUUAUUAUCGUGCAUCCCCGUGCACACGGACGACCCCGGCGACUUUGAGCACCCCGGCCUCCCUGCUGUAAAGUUAACACUUGAUUGGUUGGUUUCGAACGCAUCCGUGUUUCAACAACAAGAAGUUUCGAACAAAUCAAGAGUUUGGCACCAACUUGCGAAGAUCCUCAACGCACUGGGAAGUCAGGAUAAAGCUAAUGAUAUGGAAGGUCGUCCCUUACCUGAAGACUACGAAGUACGAGGUUUCAUCGGUUUAAAACAAGCGUUGAAUAAACUUGACUUCCAGGCUGGACUCGACUCCAAUAUGAAUGAAGACAUGCAACACCCAUGCAGAUGUUACAGGUUAUACAAGCUUGGGCUCUCGGUCGCCGAACUUGGGGGAGGUUUGUUGGUUUGCAGCGAGGAGGAAGGGGGGACCGUGUUCGAGAGUUUGGUCCCUAUUACCCCGGGUUUAGGGGUAAAUGGGGAAGUCCCAGAGGAAGUGGAGGGUGAGCUAGAGGACCUUGAACCAACUACCAGCCCCGGGGUUCGAACCACCGACCCCCAGGUUAGAAGAGUUGUGGGUAAAGGUAGGGGAACUGGGUUGGAGGACCACCCAGGUGGGAUGCGUAAGAAGAACCGAGCCCCACGUAUGCAACAUGUAGCCGUGCAGAUUAAACCAGAUCCAAAGUUAAAGGCAAUACAGGAGGAGGACACAUAUGGGUGCGAGGGGAUCAACGAGGAUGGCGAGGUCGACUCAGGGAGCAUGGGAUCAUCCCAAGAAUCCCCCGACCCCCAUCCACGUACGGGACAUCGAGUAACCUUCGCUACCCCACAAAUGUCACCCCCACAAUACCCCCCCGAGAGUCCGUCACCCACUUACCCAGAACAAGUGGGUGUUCUCAUCCCAGGGGUUUUCCCCGAUAACCCCAUGCAAGCUUACCCACAUAACAUGGUGGUUCCCCAACAAAUGGGGCAAAUGUAUCGGCACCAAGUAGCCCCGGGAAACCCCCUUCUACAAAACCAGUACCCUCGCCACCCCAUGAACCCCUCCUAUGUUUACCAUCACCCCAGGAACAUGUUACCCCGACAAAACCCCCCAUUUCAGCACGUUCACCCCCAACGACCCCCUAACCCACAUAACCCCCCACCCCACCCUGCAGACUUACCCAAACCCCUAUUCUACCCCCCACUCUCCAACACCGACAACUUCCGGACCAACAACCCACUAGGUGUCUCACCCUCAGAGUACGUUGACCCCAUGCCCUCCGUUGAGCAGUCGUUACCCCGCCCGACCGACAUUGGGUUGUUCCUUCGAGGGCCCCCUAACCCCCAAAACCCCACCUCACCAAAUAUGGAGAUGAAGCGAAUGAUGGGGGCCCAGUUAGCCCCGAGGUUCCAUAAUGACAUCACAAUGGCGGUUAUGCAGAAACAAAUGCAAGACCUCGUUGCACGAAACACGGAAAUGAAGUCAGCGAAGCUCGCGAAGAUGAACCAACCAUCGAGACAAGACUUUGCUGCGAUGUCUCAACAACAAUUGUUUAAUAUGCAACAGGGUUUGGCCGGAAGUCCUUACGACCGUGAUUAUGACCUCAUAAGCGACCCGUCUCGUGGAUUGUUUAAGUUCAUGACCUCGGCAAACCUGCCAGGUGGUGGCAGCAACGAGACGUCAUCCACGUCAUCUCCAACACCAGGUGGGGGUGGAGGGCAACAAGUAUCGACGACAACAUGCUCGCCACAAGCUGGCAGUAUCAACAAUUAUAAAGGUACCGGGGCAAUGCUGGCUAAGAACCCGGGAAUGGAAAUCCCUCGUCGACCGAAUGCUUUGCCCACGCAGGCGCGUAAUUUUGCACCAAAUACACCAAAGCAACUAACCCCCACAGGGUUGGGUCACUUCACGGUAGUCGACCCCCAGCCCCAACACGGAGAUAUUUACCCCAGGGACAGGAUGGGUUCCAUGUUUGGGAUUUCCCCCAGUUCUAACCCACACCUGAACGAAGAGAUGAGAUUUGGUCGAACGUCUGCCGACCAAUCACCAACCUCCGAUCAUUACGCUCAGUUUGAUCGAAUGAAGAAUUUAUUCACCGACCUCCCGACCCCUAGUGACCUUUCGACCCUCACCCCUAACACAAUCGAUCCAUUGUUACAUCAACAAUCAAACAAAGACAUCCUCCCCGACAAGGAAGGGGGGGAUUCUUACAAACUUUUCCCCGACACAAAUAACUCCUUGUUUUCCUCGCAGAGAAACAGAGGCGAUCUUCGAUUAUCGGGGCCCGGCACCAUUGGAUCGGAGAGGGCCGCCGCACAAAUGAACUCGUAUUCACCCUGGUCCAACCCCACAGCCCCACCUGUGGAGGGGAAGCCCCAGGAAAGGGUGAGGGGGCAAACACAGGAAGGACCAUAUAUGUCCCACUCGUUCUGGUCAACACCGAUGGUUCCAUCCGGUCCUUCUGCACUCGAGCUUCUCAUUCAACGACAGAACCAUGUUACUCGCGAUAAGUCCCCGCCCUGAGCUUUGUCUCUGCUGACACCAAGUGUUGUAGAAGUCACCAUGGUUACGAGAGGUUGAUGGGGCAAGGUGUAAAUAACAUCAAUACUGGGUUGCCUUGUUUAUAAACCAACACCCAGUAUUCUAAGACUCUUCGAUGGAAGCCACAAACGCUUCGUACCUGCUUGCACUAAGUCGGACAUUUUGUUUGUUAUACUCCCAUCUAGUGGCUCGUAUUCCGUCCAUGGUACGUGUGGCGCCCUCCACUGGAGUUUUUGCGCAGGUGUGUUUCAAAGAACGUGUUAUUUAUUACAACUUGCAAGAAUUCUCUUUUUUUUUUCAAUAUGUCAUUUUUUAAGGAGUGUGUUUUGAUCCGAAAUUAUUUUAUUCGUUUUUAUUUAAUUUAAUUGGCAAAAAUUAAUUACUCUUCGAAAUUGUUAUUUUUUCCGAUGGAAUUUUUUGGCGUGUUACAAAACUUAGUCUAGCUUUGUAGUUGUAAAACUUAUAUAUGAUCUUUGUGUUCAAUUAUCAGGUCUGGUGAAUUUGGAUUUCUUCUUUUCCAAGCUUGCGAUAAAAGUAAACUCAUAAA